AUGACGACAGUAAAUGAAAUUAAAAACCCUUCAAAACAAAUUGCAUCAAAACAAACUGUAUCAAAACAAACCAUUUUUUUAGUUAUAGUUGGUUUAUCGGCUUUAUCUAUUUCGCUUAUUUAUCAACCAUUACCAGAGAAUUUUCCUCAACCAUGGAAAUAUCGAUUUCUUUCAUUUUGGGCACAUCUUUUUUCAAAAAUAGGAUAUUUAGGUGAACAAGUGAAUUUAUUUGAUCGUAUUCAUGUUUUACGUUUUCUUUAUUAUAUUGCUGUCGGUUGUUUUCAAGUACGAGAUCCUCAACAUCAUUUAAAGGUUUAUGAUAGAAAAAUAUUGAAUAUUAGUGUACGAAUUUAUGAACCGGAAGAAUUCGCACAUGAAGAUAAAAUGCCAACAAUUAUACAUUUUCAUGGAGGUGGUUGGCUUUUAGGAUGUCGUGAAACAUAUGAUCAAGUUACAUAUGCGUUGGCUAAUUUAACACGUGCACUUGUUAUAUCAGUCGAGUAUCGUCGUGUACCCGAACAUUAUUUUCCAGCAGCUCUUGAUGAUUGUACUUUAAUUACUUAUGAAUUAUUUCGAAAUGCUGCUAAUUAUCGUAUUGAUGUAAAUCGAAUAACUUUAGCAGGUGACUCUGCUGGUGGAAAUUUAGCUUUAGUUAUAACACAAUCAUUAUUGAGAGAUGGUUUUAGUCCUCGUGCUGCUUGUUUGAUCUAUCCCGCAUUACAAUUUUUUGAUUUUACAUUACCUUCUUACCGAUUAUAUUUACCACGUAAUAUUCUUGGUGUUAUUAAUGAACAGAACUUUCUUGAAGUUAUGUCUGAAUUAACUCAAAGUAAAAUAAAAGUUACACGUGAUGUUUUAUUUAAUAAUCAUACAUCGGCAAAAGAUAAAAAACGAUUACGUCCAUAUGUUGAUGCUCAAAAAUAUUUACCGAUUUCGCUUCCAUUUGAUAGUGAUGAAGAAGGCGAUGAAGAUUUAAUUCAAAAUUUAUCAUUUCUUAUAUCACCUAAAAUGUCACCAUUAUUAGUUUCGGAUGAAGAACUAUCAAAAUUACCGCCAAUUAUACUUUUUACUACUGAAUAUGAUAUACUCAGAGAUGAGGGUUUUAUUUUUGCUGAACGUUUGAAAUCAUUGAAUAAGACUUUGUAUCAUCAUCAUUUUCCCACAACAUUUCAUGGGGCACAUCUUCUUAUACAUGGUCCGAUAAGUUUUAAUAUUGCUUAUGAAAUGAUUGAACAUAUAGCAAGAAAAAUACAAGAAAAUCUAUAA